GUUACCCAGCCUGCCUCGCUCCAAUGUGCUUUGUGUACGGUGGUUCCCGCGGAAUUGGAGUCGGCUGGAAGGUCGGCAUUUUGGGGAGAGAUGCGGCCUAAGAAACGGGAGAGGGAGAAGAAGGCACCGCAGGAACCCCUAUACGAAACACCUCAAGCAGACCACGAGCUCUUUCUUCAGGCAUUUGAAAAACCAACACAGAUAUAUCGUUUCCUUCGGACGCGAAAUGUCGUUCUGCCAAUAUUCCUGCACCGGUCUCUCUGGUACAUGAAGCAACGGCGCUCUGUGAAUAAUGCUAGCAGGAAAGCGUUUAAGAUAGACUCAUUAUUGCCCCAAGUUGAAGCAAAACGCCGGCGAGAAGCACAAAUAACAAACUACAAGUCAGAGUUUAUGAAUUUAACCUUUAAAGGAUUUGCAGACCCUGGGAUUCCAAGUGACAAUGACACUGCUGAUGUUGAAAUACUAUUGCUGAAAAUAUGUCACAAGAAGAGGAAGGAUGUGUCGUCUCCUGUAAUGCAAACAGUCCUGGGCAAGGUGAAGGUCAGCCUCAACCCUGAUGUUGACAUCUCUCCUGCCAACACGCUGACAAUAGGUCAUGACAAUUUUCAUCACAAUAAUGGUCAUGCCGUCCGCUCCUAUGUACUGGUCAUCAAAGUAGUCUGCCCGGUCCGUCGCCAUCUCCCCAAUGGUGUCUGUAACGGAGAUUUGUAUGAUUCAGAUGAACCACCUCAUAAACGUAGGAAAAAUGGCAAAACAUUCUCCCAUGAUGAAGAUUCCCUCCAUUAUGGGGCCGAACUAGUCAUAUAUGAUAAGCACAGGCGCUGUCUGCUCACUGAUGGAGACUACGAGGUGGCCCUACAGGACCUGGGCUCCCAACCUCUUCCUAAAGGACAGGCAGCAUGGGAGACCGUCAUGGAUGGAAAGGCAGUGGGACCAUUUGAAGUUUUUAACAAAUGUCCAACACUCAAGUUGAGCCUGCGCUGGACGGAGACUGCUGAGGGCUCCGGGGACCAUGCAAGUGUGAAGGCAGCUCAGGAAGAGUUCAUCAACAACAAUCAGCUCGCUAACCAUAUCCUGGAUAACGAUAACUCAGGGAAACACAAGGACACUCCAGUCCACAGGUUGAAAGAUUCCAAUCAAACAACCCCCCGGAAGCGAAGUCGUAUAUUUUACCAGUUUCUGUACAAUAACAACACAAGGCAGCAGACGGAGGCGAGGGAAGACCUCCGAUGUCCAUGGUGCUCAAUAAACUGCAUGCAACUCUACAGUCUCCUCAAACACCUCCGCCUUGACCACGCCCGCUUCGACUUCCUCUAUGUGCCUCAUUCCAAAGAUGCCAGAAUUGAUGUGUCAAUAAAUGAACGUUACGAUGGAUCGUAUGUGGGCAACCCGCAGGAUCUUCAUUCCCACAUUGGGUAUGCAUUCAGCCGCAAUGGCCCAGUCAGGAGAACGCCAGUCACACAUGUGAUCGUGUACCGACCCAAGCGCCCAGAGGCAUCACUUACAGAGUUCAUGGAACCAGAAAAUGACAUCCAGAUCAACCGUCAGUUUGUUCAGGGACAUAAUAGACUGUAUUAUCACCUGGUAACUUGUGCACCAAUCCGACCUCAGGAGAUAGACUUCGACAACGAAGCAGAGAACGAUCCUCUGUGGCUGAGACAGAAGACAAUAAACAUGAUCGAUGAGUUCACUGAUGUCAAUGAGGGGGAGAAGGAGCUGAUGAAGCUGUGGAACCUCCACAUCAUCAAACAUGAGUACAUCGCAGACUGCCAGCUCGGCACAGCGUGCAAGACAUUCAUUGAGGAGAAUGGGGAGAUUGUUAUAGAGAAGGAUCUGUGUAGGAACUUCAUGCUGCACAUGGUCAACCUAUUUGACUUCAGCCUCAUCAAGCCAGACCUCGUCCACAACAUCAUGGGACAGCUGGAGUGCAUGAAACACCGGAUCAAGGUUGAAAGUACUUCUUGAGGAGAAUCCGUUGUGCUUUGUGUUGGAUUAUUGCUGUUUGAAGUGGACCAAGGGCUCUAGCUUAACAGGGUUAAGAUUCACAGAAAGGACAACAUGUUCAAGUUCCUUCUGAAAAUCUAGGAAAUGCCCUAGAGCUAACAAUGAAGAAAUCCCAGUGAGUGGCUGAAGAUUUUGCGAGUGUUCACAGCUAUAAUGGAUAUAGUUUCGAAUGAAUCUUUGGAAUAUCCUUUUGUAUGGUUUAUAUGCAGAAGAGGCAACAUGAAGGGAUAUUGCAAGAUGGUGUUUGAAGCAAGCAAGCAGGAUUUGAAGCUGCAGGCCCUAACAGUCAGAUGAACUAAUGGGAGAAGUGCUCCUAGCGCGAGGUGUAUAUAUUGUAUGAAGCAUUGCAUCCUUCAAGAUGUGGUGCUGGAGUUAGAUGGAUUAAAGGCUGUCUGGGCCCUAAGUGGUCCAUUUGCAUGACAUGAUUGGAGCAAUACCCCUGUUACAAAAAUAUAUAGUGAGGUUCAGAUUAUCGUGAUUAUUAUGAUAAGUAAUCCUUUGAUGCACUCAUCUGUGGACUGAGUUAAGAUGUUGAUUGUGGAUUUUAGCUCUCCAGGAUCAAAGGUCCUUGUAAGCACUGGUCAUGGCUCAUUCUAGGGAUUAUUUAAUGUUUUUGACCGUUGCAUAGAACUUGGAAUUUGCAGAUAGUGAGGUUCGUUUUUGAGGCUGAAGCUUUGUCAAGUUAAUCAGUGACAUAGUCGUGGGAUUCGGUAUUGGAUCAUUUUUAUUGGGAAGAAAUAAUCUCCUGGUUGUCAAAGUGCUUUCGAGGUGUUUGUGAAACAUUAACAAUGGCUGACGUGCUUUGUAACAUACUCAAUGACAAAGUUAUAAAUAAUCACAGUUGCAAGCUUUGGACAUAGAGAAUCAAUAAAUUCAAUUUUAAGGCUGUAAUAGUUACAAGAUAAAUGUUAAUUAUUUGUACAAUUGGUUUGAAAAGCCCCAGUCUUUUGAUAAUCAAGAUGAAUUUUCUUGUUGCUUCACAGAUCCGCCAACAUGAACAAUAUCUGUCCGCUCUUCUCCUCUAUGUUAACAUGAAAUAUUCCUCGAAUUAUUUUGUGUUGAAAAAAAAGGAUUCCUUUUGAAAUACGAAAUACAUAGCAAAGUGUCAGCCGCAAUUUGAGCCAAUUUCAAACAGUUUUCUGAUCUCUAGCGAUACAAUUUCAUGGACUGUGAUCGUGGUUUUGCUUCAAUUAUUUAUUGCAAAUGGUUCCAUAUGGAAGAAUGUUUUUCCCCCAAGUGUUACUAAGUCAACAAUGCAUUGAAUUGACAUGGGACUGAUCAGCUUUCUCUGAGCAUUGUCCAGUUAUCAGUGGUAUAUAGAAGAACACCAGAUCAAAAAUUGACUCUUUUAAUUCUUGAUCCGAUUUAUUCUGGUAUAACAUUUAGUAAAUAUAUCUGGUGUUGAAGUGGAAGAAUUUGCCCGAUCUCGUGACUACCGUGAUACAGCCAUCUUACUUUCAGAGUCCUGGACAGAAAAUGUUGCUACGAGGUCCGACUUUGCAUGUGUCUAUUGAAGUAGGAUAGCCUACUGGUUACAACAUUAGCUUCCCACACCAAAGACCUGGGUUGGAUUCCAUUAGGGUACAAUGUGUGGAGUCUGUUCUUGGUGUCCCCUGUGGGGACAUUGUUUGAUAAACCCAUACUCACGCACUAGAACAAUUUUUGUAUGAGGUGAAAGAAAACCGAUAUACCCUUGACACAUGGAUGUUAGCUUGGGUGCUUGAGUAAGCUAUGAUAGGCUGUAGGUAAGACAUGUACUCACUUGUAGUAGAAUGUUGCUAGUUUUUGUUGUUUUGGGAUGUGGAAAGAAAAUCUGGCUGCAUUUGUAUAUUAACUUUGCUCAGGACGUACAUACCAUCAAAGCAUGUUCCAGUACCUGUUUACAUGGGGAGAACAAACUUGAAGUCAGUAGCCCAAAAUAGUUUGUGGAGAAAUGUGUUGAAAGAACCUUCAUAGCAGUGUCUGAAGUACUAGUAACCCCCAACAAGGCAGCCAUGCUGGCGGUUCAUAAAUGUAACUGGCCUGCCUUAUAGGUGCAGGCAGCAUUUGGAACUACAUGCUGGGGUAGAUAAUCACUAUUAUUUUUAUCAGACUUUCUGCACUCUUUGUCUUUAUCCUUUACAGCUAUGUAAUCAGAGAUAGCGGUUGCUCUCAGGUUAGUGAGGGAUAUAUCCGAUUCAAAAUUUUCACUGUCACUGAAAUGUUUUCUGCAAGACGUUUGGGCAAGUAGGUAUAAGUUUCACCUAUCCCAACAGAAAUGGUAGCAUCCACGAGACAGUGGGCAGGCAGCUAUUUCAGACACUGCUUCAUUGUCGCAUGUGUAUUUGCUCAGAGAGGGAAGAUAAUUCUGAAACAGCAUUAAGUUUUUGGCUCCUACUUGAAUGAUUUUCAGUUGUUGAAAAUGCUGUCUUCAAGAGAUAAUUUGGAUCUCGCAGAUGGGCGUUCUUCCCUGAGAUGAUAUCAGGUAGAACUCCCAGCUGGUCUUGUCACUAUUUGGGCUAAUAGUCUUUACAAGUUCAGUUCUAUCUUUGUCAUACAGCAUUCAUACUUGUACAGCUGCUCCUUACCUGUCACAUGAAAUGGCAGCUGUGUCACCAUCGACCUACCUUGUCACAAUACUGCCUCUUGGAUUGGCGGGAUUGCCUAACUGUGAGGUGAGAGACUGCCUAACUGUGAGGUGAGAGAUUGCCUAACUGUAGACAGGGUUUAAAAAAGCGGAAUAGGUGGACUUUGAUUGGCAUCUGGAGAUUUCUGUAUGCUCUGGGUGUUUUUUACAUCACAUAGGGCUAAUGUCAAUAAGUGACUACUCUGAGAUGAACUAAGAGAUUGUAUUUAGGCUUUGUUGUUAUAGAAUUUCCUGAAUUGAUAUGGUUAGUCUGAAGAGCAUGGAGAAGAAAAUGUGUCUCAACCUAACGUACUGCGUACCUAACAUAAUGGCUGUAACCGAUGCUAUGGGUUCAAGAUGGUCUGUGUUUAAGGUUGCAAUGUGAAACAGAGUUCAAUGCAUCCACCUUGAAGUGUUGAUGCAGAUGCAAGAGGUAAAGCUGUAUUAUUCAGUGUUAAAUGUGACGGGAGUUUUUGGUCAGAAAUUGCUGAUACAACAUCUGUUUAUUUACAACAUGAGAACCAGAUGCCUAAACACAACUUUUCUGUUUCUUGUCCAUCCUUACAUGAAAUGUUAUUUGGUUCAGUGUAUUAGGCUCAAUAAAAUAAGUCUUGGUUCUCAGCAACGGCCGCAUCAUCAUAAAGUUUGCCGCACGUUUCGGUUUUAUUUCCAUUUUCAAAAAAUCAAAAAAUCCUAAGACUUGAAAACAGUGAGAUCCAACAUAGCACACAGUUACUUUCCUUUACAUGCACUCUUUAUUACUGCACAUCUCGUAUUAUUGUAAUGGUGGCAAUCCGAAUUUGUAUGCUGCUUGUUUAUCUAGGGAGGCCCUUUCCCAGUUUGAUAGUACACAACUGUUUCUUUGGUUACAAGGCCCCCCCAAAAAACAAAAAAAACAACAACAUAACAACGCCCCCCCGCACUAUAUUUUCAAAAGUCAUUGCCUGAGAACCAAUUCUUUUAUUUUCUUUAAGCCUCAGAAAGUACAGGUCAUUUAUUUGAGCAGGAUGAAAGGGUUACAACAGGACAUGCUCAGGUAAUCACCUACCCUAAAUAUGCAAUUUGGUGGAGUAUCAUUAAACAUUAAGAUAAUAUUUUGCUCAAAAUGUAUCAAUGAAAACAAAACAUUUUUUUUUUUUUUUAAGGCAUGUUACAUGAAGUAGUCGUAUGUCAGAAAAAUAUUUUUCUUCUUUGGGAUACUCUUGUAUGUAAAACAGUUUUACUUUCCUGCACAAGCCCAAACCACCCUUUCCCUCAUACUAAAUGAUCUGUUUGAAAUUAAGAGCUGCACCCAUUCAAAUCCAUCUGUGUUAUUUUCAGAAGAAAACAAACCCUUUCAACUUCUUUGGACAGGUAUUUAUUUAUUUAACUUCACACCUGAUACCUUCACACAGUAAGUCAUUCAUUUGUACCAUACCCAUAGAAGUGCCAUAUUUUCUAGAAGUGUCAGUGUUAGAGCGAUUGUUACCAUGAUAUCAUUGUAAUUAUGUCUUCUGUGAAAAUGUUCCCGACCCCACUGCCACAGUGAUGAUUUAUUCCUUAUCAGUUUGACCUUGUUCCUCAUGUCCAUACCAGAAGAUCCUGAUGCACAACAGCUGCUGAAAAACAUGACAACUUCUAUAAGGCUUGGCUAAUAAUCUACCCCGAUAACAGGAUUUAGGGCUGUGAAAAUUACAGUUGGGUUUUGCGGUUGAAAAUCCUCUUAUUUUUGCUAUUUUCAUUGAAAUCAGUUCAUAAAGAUCAGCUUUGGAUGAUGUCAUGAUGGUGAACAUUUGAACCAUUGACUAUGUUAUAGUGGCUGCCCCUUCAAGUAUAUUUCAAGCGUUUAAGAAAUGAGGAAGACCAUCUUCAAACUGAAAUGUCAUGAUAUAUUGAUCACCAUCUUUUCACAGGGAAAGGCAUUUCACACAUGCCACAAUAACAUGUAUUCUUUUACUGAAAAUGGAUGCUAGACAGUUGAGAUUAGUUUCCCUUAAAUUCACUUAAGGAGUGGAUGGAUAGCCAAGUGGGUAGUGUGGUCACUCGCCUUUGUAGCCACUGCUGUUUGGGCUCCAUUAUGCUUAUGUGGGUUUAAACCCCAUUCACUCACUGAAGAUCUUUCAGUGCAUUUUGAUAAAACAGGGUGAAGUGGUUGACAUAUUUUUCAGCAAUGGUUGAUCUAGUUACUGUCCAUCCAACAUUGAUGUAUUUAUAUGAACAUGCAUCACUUUGUUCCUGUUUCCAGGCAAUACUCCUAUUUGUAUAACCCUGUAAUGUAAUCCUACGAUAACAGACCCAGUUAUACCCAGGACCCCGUUUCACAAAGUGAUCUUAGUGCUGAGACGUAACUCUCCUACUGGAACAUUGACUUACUGCUGUCAUAGCGCUAAUAUUGCUUUGUGGAUUGGACCCAGUUUAAAGCACAAGACAACUGUAAUUUUGAGAUUAUUCUGUCAUGCUAUUAAGCACAUGUCACAGAUACACCUUAGGUUUAACAAGGUACAUCCAUUUUAUUAAAUGUUCAUUGAUUAUUUGGUUUUGAAGACCAGUGAAUGUUAAUUUGAGAAGUUCUCAAUCGAGUGUGUAUUGAUGCUCCACCCAAGUCAGUUGCGUGUUUGUCCCAAAACAGAUGAUAUGACAAGGAAUGGAGGCAUUUCAUGCUUGUUUAUUCAAAGAUGUACAGAUGCAUACCAUCAGAAUUCACCGACAGUAAGGUAAACUUGGUCAGAAGUGUGUGGACUGCCUGUUCCUUCAUACCCAUGGACACCAACAUAUUCCUUCAAGAAGGAUGUCAUGCAGAGUUGGUCCUAAACAAUCCUCAUCACCAUGGAUACCAUGCAAAGCCAGUCCUUCCUUCAGCACCAGGGACACCUAGCCGAGUCAGACCUUCCUCUAUCACUUUGGAUACCAAGUCAUGCUGGUCCUUCUUCAUCAACCAUGGAAACCAAGUCGAGCUGGUCCUUCCUUUAUCACCAUGGAUACCAUGCAUUCAUGUUGUGACAAGCAUGUACACCCGAUACCUCAAUACUAUCAAUGUGCCACAGAUCAGAACCAUUCCACACAUUCAGGGCAGAAAUGGGAUUAUUUUAUUGAGAUUGUCUAUUUUAGACAUCCAUUGCUACUACCAUGUGCCACCUAUACUGUGACGCAAGCAGCAGGGAAUCAUUGUAUCAUCCUCCAUGACUGUAACCCUUGUCUUGUCAUACUCCAUCCCAUUACCCCUUCUGUUGUGGUGAAGGUGAGCUUGAAACAAGAUAGUCAGGAUAGGACACCAGAUGGGGAUCUUGUCAAAGCAUCGCUGAAGUUGAACAAGUUUAGAUCCACUGCUAUGAAACUCUGCCUUGUGUCCAGUUGCUGCAGUUUCCAUUCACUAAUCACUGCCUUUGAUAAGUAUAAUUAGCUGGAGUGAGAAAUAUUAAAAUGACAUGUGGAAUGUAGCAGGAAAAUCUUUCAUAACCCUAGUGUUAAAAAUUGAAGAUGCAGGGGUCCAAAGAUUCAAAUAUGGUAGUGGAUCCACAGGACCUCCUUAAGUUGGAAAUCAUCCCCAUGUGCUUUUCUCCACUAAGCUAUGUUAUGACUGUUGAUAGGUACCGGCUGCUGACUGACCUUCCAAUCCAGUGCACUUAUGUUAAUGUGAUAGUUAGGACAUGAUACAAAAUGUUCAGUGUCGUCUUAGCUAGUUUUGAAAUCUCUUUAGAAGACUGGUUUGUCAAAACUGCACCUUGACAUGAAUUAUCAUGAUACAACAAUUACAAACCAAAUUAAGAAGUUGGCGUAAUACUUAAAAGCGAAACUACUCAGCAAGUAGGUUUUGAUACAAGAUUCAAAUAAAAAAAGUUGUCUGAUCCAGACUCGAUUAUUUGCAGGCUGUCGUCAUCUGGCUGUAAUAUUAGUGAGUUUAGCAACAAACGAAAGUUAAUAAACAAACAGAUAGAUAUUAGAUAUGAGGUACCUGGCACAUGUUGUAUUAGGCCGUAAGAUAAGUCUAAGCAUGCUUAGGACACUGCCCUACUCGCAGUGAAUAAACAGUCAACCAUGAAACUCUGAAGUAAAUCCUAAUGCAGCACAGUGGUAAGUUCCUGAUGUUGAAGUAUCUGCAGCAUGAGCCGUGGAAGUAAAGACAUAGCAGCUUCCUCUGUGAAAAUAGAAGCUUGGUGGUUUAAGUGUUCACCCAUAACACUUAGACCUUCGUUCUACUCCCCACAGGCACAUCUUGACCAGACUCCAUUAUUUACAGACCGCCGACAUAUGGCUGGAAUAUCGCCGAGAUUGGUGUUAAACAACAAACAAACAUCUGGACAUCAGUUCUUGGUGUCCUCCACCUGAUACUGCUGCAGGUUUCACAAGACCUUUCCAUUGGGUAAUGGUGAUGCAACAUCCCUGUCUGAUGCUAUCUUGUUCCCAGCCGCCCGAGCAUCCAUUAACCAGUCUGUAUAUCCUGUUUAUUAUGUUAAAUGUGUGUGCCAUACAAACAUGCUAAUCAUAAUGGCAUUGUCACGUAUCAUCUUGACUUGUGGCAGCAGAUUUUCUUGCAAACUGUUAUUUGUUCCGUAUUGUUAACAAAGAAAUCAAUCUAAAGAGCAUCUAAAUGGCACAGUUUAUAUGCAGCUAGUGUUGUCAUUUUGGAAGCAAUUUGUAUGGAUACGUGUUUCCAGUGUGUAAGCUGUGUGUCCUGAACACUCAAUUGCCACACAUUUGUCCACAGGUCAUAAAAUUCAUGAUUUUUAUGUUAUUUCACUGAAGCAAAGGUAACCAUCACGUGUCCAUCAUACCUGAGUUGAUAAAAAUGGUAUGUGAAAUCACCGUUUAGGAAGAUCCACAAGGACCGGUACUGCACUGGCGGACCAUUUCCGUCCUGAAUAAUAUAUAUUGUGCAGAUAACCAAAUGGAUUGGUUGGUCUGGCUCCGUGACUUGGUUCGCUGCACGCCAUCAUACCCUGAAGGAGUGGAUCAUUGCUCACAAUGUCACCGGACUGUCUGAUCCACCCCUUGAUUACCGGUAUUUGCAGACCACCAUCAGCUGGAAUAGUGCCAAGUGAGGUGUUAGGCAACCACCGCUGCUCAACCUUAAUGAAAAGAUUACUUCAGUAAACUUGAAAUGUGGGAAAUGACUACCAAACUUGAGGUAUUUGAGGUCCAUGCACUAAAAAUGCUGAUUUGAAAUGUUUCAUUUUAUUUGCAGUGAAAUAACCUUGAAUAUGUGUUUGUUGCUUGUGGACAAGCUGUUGGCACCUGAGUAUUGGUUUUAAGUCUUCUAGGUUACUAUGAGUGGGAUGUUGGAUUCAUAUCAGUCAACCUCUUUAACACUCUUCUGAUUCAUUGUGCAUUCGUCAGUGGUAGACAUGUGAAUUACAGUUGAAAGAGCAAGUAUUGUCCACCACAUAGCAUAUAUUUAUUGUAUGUUUCCAUGGAUACAUCAUAAACAAAACAGACUCAAUGAAACAAGAAGCAGUCUUAUUCCAAUAAUCUGAAAAAAUUGUUGCAUUUGUCUGUUGUAAUCGAUGGAAAUUGUGAAACUUAUGAGGUGUUGAAUUCUUGUUAUUUUGGUUAGUUUGAAUUUAAUAAUUGUUAGUAAGUCCACUGAUAUAUGAAUGGCAAAUAUUUUGAGCAUGUGGAAAUUGCAUAUCCGUUGACUUUGCUUGUUGUGAAAACCGAACAAAUGUUUGAAAAUGUAAAUUUUUCUAUCUAUAUAUCCCCUUGUAAAAGUUGGGUGAGUCAUUAUGCAUGAAGAUGUUAUACCUCCAUUGAACAUUCAAAGCAUUGAUCAUAUGACACAUUCAUAACAUUGAUCAUGUGAUCAAGUCAUGUGACUGCUGCAGAAUGCCCUGUGUUCAUUUUGCACAUUUCAAGAGAAUGUACAGAGUUUUUGGACCAUUGUUUAAAUUUUUAUCAUUAAACUUUUCAUAUGAAA